AGCGUGUGAAUCCGGCCAAUGUGUGACAGUUGGCAGCAAUUAAAAUAUAUAUUUUUAUAGUUAAUUACCACCGCAGAGUGUCGUAAAAUACGCCCACUUCUGCGCAUGUGCGGGGUGCUGACGCAUGCGCAGAGGCGUCUGGUACGGAUCGUGUUCCGGGUACGGAUCGGGUACCGACACACGGCAUUGAGUGACGGGACUGCGGUGCUGCAGCGACGGAAAGGAGCCAGUGAGCCCGGCGUGAGGAUGGUUAACCCAGCUUGUCAGGUGUUCCGACGUGUCAGCAUACUCCUCAGAUCAGCAUACCCCAGAGAAGCCAGUCGGUGCUGGUAAAUUAGCUGGUCAACAGCGGUUCACUACGGCAACUCUACCUGGACGAGACACGGUACUUCUGACAGGCUGGCUCGUGCUCGUGAGGCUAGCUGGACUUCACUCAGCAAGAACCCUGCCAGUCUUUGGAUGGAGUCAGCACCCAGAUCCUUACUGCUUUGUGUCGUCACAGCGUGGGACCUCAGGGUUCAGGACUCCGCUCAUCCUGCCACUCAGCCAGUGAAAAAUGGUCAAAUAUUUCUGUAGCAGCACAGACAUCAGGAGCGCCUGGGACCACGUCGUCUCUGCUUUUUGGCAGAGGUACCCCAACCCAUUCAGCACCCAUGUUCUCACCGAGGACGUGGUUUACCGGGAGGUAACCGCGGACCACCGGCUCCUCUCCAGACGCCUCCUGAUGAAGACGAACCGGCUGCCCCGCUGGGCGGAGCGAUUCUUUCCCUCCGGCAUGGCCCGCUCAGUCUACAUCAUCGAGGACUCCAUCGUGGACCCCGUCAACCGGAGCCUGACCACCUACACCUGCAACCUCAACCACACUACUCUCAUGUCUGUCGAGGAGCGCUGUGUUUUCCAAGACUCGGCGGAGCAGCCAGGAACGACCCUCCUGAAACGGGAGGCCUGGAUCUCCUCGGGCAUUUAUGGCUUCUCCAAACCGAUCCAGGAGUUCGGAUUGGCUCGCUUCAAGAGCAACCAGGUGAAGGCCAUGAAGGGCCUGGAAUACGCCGUGUCCAACUUACAGGGAGAGGCGCCCCAGCGGCUGCUCAGGGACACCGUGAAGGACGCGUCGGAGAAGGCCAAGGAGGCGGCCAAGAGCCUGGCUUCGGCCGCCGCCGGCCCACAGAAGCCCCGGCAGUACGUGUGAGACGCCAUCGCCUCGACGCCCGAUUUACGUCCUCUGUGGACCCGGACUCCGUUCCAUUACCUCUGCUGUCGGGAUGAAAGUGCCGCCGUCGGUGCAGUUUGUUCUCUCUCAGGUCUGAAGCCUUUUGUACGAAACCGGCCUGCCUUUCGGAGCCGCAGCGUCUCCUGCUGCUUUACCUGCGUUCGCUGUGAAGGUCGGGUUUCCGUCUGUUGUUGUAGAGGAUUUAAAAUGACGUCUCUUCACUGUUCUCAGCAUUAUUCUAGGAUCUUUUAGAGUUUUUGCAUCAUUGGUGAUUCUGUUCGUACAUACUUGUCCAGCCAAACAUUCACAUUAGACCAAAUCAUCAUACUGUGACUGUCAGAAAAGAUCACAAUUCAGUGGUUCAAGGUGUGUGUGGGUGUGUGCGUGCCUAGGCAAUGUUCAUGCAGCAAAAAAAAGAACUUAUUUUUGAAAAAAAAAUAUAGGUUUUGUAUUGAAAGAGACAUGCAAAGUUGAAACCAUCUGCACACAGUGUGUGUUUGCUCACUCAUUAUCCUGUAAUAGUGCAAUAGUGCACGUGUAAUUAGAGCGUGUACGUGUUCCCAGCAGCGAGCCCGUGCUGACUCAUCCAGAAUCGCUACAGACCGGAGUGACUCGCAUUAAAAAAAUAAAAACUCAGAAUGAGCAGAGCCUUCAUGUCUCUGCAUCACGUUAUGUGAUGUGAUGAAGCUGGAGUUUCGUCUGUGAAGCAAAAACCAUUUCAGUCCGCUUGUCGAUGCACAUGAAGCUUGUUCAGUGAUAGAAACUAUAUUGUGAAUAUUUCAGUGAUUGCAUUCCCUCGAAUGGAGACCCGUUAUGACGAUUUCCAUCCGUUUUGUACUCUGGAACUUUUCUAGUGUAACUUUUGCAUGAGUUAAAUUAAUGUAAAGAUAUUUAUUUAUGUGUUUACCGGCGACAGUUGAGCCUGUUGUGUCGGCCUGCUUCGUAGAAGCAUGUGUGCAUGCAACCGGCAUGCUGUGUGGUGGUUGUAAUUUGACACCAGCCUCAAGACUCAGAUGAGGUUUUCCAACCUGAGCGUCCACAGCCCGAUAUUCCAACGUCAAACUGUGUCCAACAGAAAAUAUGGAAAUGUAUAAAAUGUAUACUUAUAGAUGAUACUGACUGAUUUUAGUGCAAGAUUUCAAAUAUAUUAAAAAAGAAAAAAAGAAUGUUGUAAAAUUACAUUUAUAUAAGAUCUGAGUUGGAUUUAAACCUGUAUUGCACUGCAAGCAAAAAUAUUUGAUUUUCAUGUUUGUGAUUUAUUUUUUUUUCCAAAUUGAGCUUCAAUAAAAGUUGAUAAGUUCUUGUUUGAA